AUGUCGACUCCAAGAAGACUAACUAAGCGUUAUUUGACUCCUGCGGAAGAAUAUAUAUGUCCGCUCUCCGCAGAGACUCAAGCCAUAGCAGAGGAACAACUGAGAGAAACAGAGAAUUCUAGGUCACAGGCGUUGCAAGCUUUAAGGAGCUGGAUGGAACAGAAUCCUAAGUUCGCUGCAAUCAGAAUGGAUGCGAGCUUUCUUCUCCGUUAUUUACGCACUAAGAAAUUCAGCGUCCCUAUGGCUCAAGAGGCAAUCGAGCGCUACAUACUUCUCAGACAGUCCUGGGGUAUUGCAUUCAACCAACUGGACUGGACUUUACCCAUAAUGACCGAACUCAUCGAUUUGGGGUAUAUUUUUGUAAGCCCGUUCAAAGACAAAUUGGGUCGCCGUGUGGUCAUAUACAGACCUGGUGUUUUCGACCCCUACAAAUACACAAACCAGGACAUGUGCCGAGUGAUGGGAAUAUGUUAUGAGACUCUGAUGGAAGACGAGGAGACCCAGGUGCGGGGGCUAGUUCACUACGCAGAUGGAUCUGGUGUCAGCUUUCCACACCUCACGCUUUUUACUCCCAAAGAAGCUGUCAGAAUAGUGAAGAACGGAGAGCGCACUAUACCGCUAAGACACAAGGAAAUCUACGGAGUGAACGUUCAUCCUACGAUAAAAUUCGCAUUAGAUUUUGGAAUGGCGCUGAUUUCUGAGAAAAUAAGGAAGAGAGUGAAACUUUACACGUCGGUGGAUGAUGUAGAGAUAGACAAAAGUUUACUGCCUCAGGAAUACGGCGGUGUGAUGCCUAUGAAGGAAAUGAUAGAACUAUGGAAAGUGGAGUUAGCUCAGAAGCGCGACAUAUUGCUUUUGAGCGACAAAAUGGCUGUGAGGCUGGAGAUGUAUAGUGAAGCGGCGCGAGAGGGCGCAAUAUCUGCACUACGAGCGGGCGCCAACACAUGCGCCGGCGCAGACGCUGUGGGCGACGCUAUGCGAGGACUCACUGGCAACUUCAGAAAACUAGAAGUUGAU